AUGAGCCAGAGCGAAGCAAUGUGGAUCAAGCUUGACGCAGACAGGCUGUACGUGAUCCGUAUCUACGUCGACAAUGUGAACGUGAUAACAGGCCAAACUUCGCAAGUACAAGGCCAACAAGAUUAUUUUAUCGUGCCCGACCAGGCCUUCGUCAAUGGAUACAAGUCCAACAUCAAUGCGCUAACGACACAGUUCCGUCGUCCACCGUAUGCAGCCAAUUCUACACAGCAAGACGCCCAGACUAUACGCUUCGAGGUAACGCCAUCCACGAACACUAAGAUACUGAUAGGCAUCGAUGUGGGUGUUGAGGAUGAAGAACUCUACCAAAGUGUGGUGACGUUACCUGGCAUGACUGUCAAGGAUUUCACGAGGAAGUACGCGCUUCAAUUCGAAGAUGGUACUAAUAUCUCGGCUAGACUUACCAGUCAAGGGGAAAUGGCCGAUGGUAUGAUGAGCGAUCACAUGGUGUAA